GCGAACUACGAGCCGAGCCGCGUGGUCGAAAUGCCCGCGGUCGCGCGGGCUCUGGGGGUCGCGCGCGUCGUCGCAAAGGACGAGUCGGACCGCUUCGGCACGGGCUCCUUCAAGGCGCUCGGCGGCGCUCUGGUCGUCGACGAGCUCCGGGAGACGCGCGAGCACCUGUCCGUCGCGACGGCGUCCGCGGGCAACCACGGCCUCGGCGUCGCCUGGGGCGCGAGGAACGCGGGCGCCGAGGCCGUCGUCUACCUGGGGAACCAGGUGUCCGAGGCCAUGGCCGACCGCAUGCGGGCGCUGGGCGCGUCCGUCGUCCGCGCGGGCGAGUCGUACGAGGCGUCCGUCGCCAAGUGCAAGGCCGACGCGGCCGAGCAGGGCCACGUGAUCAUCCAGGAC